AUGUCCAAAAAGUCAAUAUUUGGAAACCAAACAUAUAUGGACUUGGAAUUCAAAUUCAACACAUUUCCUGUCUAUUUUGCACUGCUUCCACUUUCAUAUGUGCUUCCGACGGUUUUCAUUGUGAAUUACACAAUUUUUGUAUAUUUGAAACAUUGGUGGAGGAAGAAAGUAGCAAUCGUGAAUUCGCAGAUUUUUCUUGUGGUAUCCAUGGCGCAUACUGUGAAUCUCCUAUCCUUCUUCUUCGACUACCUCUCCAACCGUUUCCCAGCGACUGGAAUGAUGACGUCAUGGUGUGCCAGUAACAACCACCCAAUAUUGCUCAUCUUUAUUCUAACCUCUCAUUUUUAUUUGGAUUAUCUAGCAAUGGGUUUUCCAUUCUUCAUGUCGGUCCUUAGACUGAUUUUUAUGGUUUACCCCAAUACUCAUAAACAGGUCAUCAACAAAUUACUGAGAAUUGCCUUACCUUGCAUUGCAAUUUAUCCGAUUUUCAAUACAUUUUUCAUGUUUCCAGCGACUGGAGAAUGUCGCCAAUUGUAUCCACCUUAUGAAUUUGGCGCCAUUUUUAUACAUUAUUAUGGGGAAAUCGCGGGGCUGAGCAAUUCCCCAUUCCUCCUCGCCAAUAUUGCAUUUUGGAUGGGUUCUACAAUCAGUAUAAAUCUAAUGGUUAUAUUCCUAGUGGCCCAAGCAAGAAACCGUGGAUCACAUCAUGUUCAGUAUAAAAGUCGGAAGAGUCGAAGAGCCGAGUUAUCAGUUACUUUGACAACUUUUGCAAUGAUUUUGUCGUUUUUGAUGAGGGGAAUUUGUUUGAUCUAUUCUAACAUUCCAUCACUUCCAGUUGCUGGCCAUCAUCCGUCCACUGGUUCAGACGCAGAAGUCGUCGUUCUCCAUGGGUCUUCUAUUUAA